GUGAUAUUGUUUUUUGCUAUUAUCAAGAAUUGUUAUACGAAGCAAUAAUUAGAGAUCGACGUUGGAGGAAAGAUGGUGUCGGAGAAUAUUAUAUUCAUUAUAUAAAUUGGAAGAAAAAUUGGGAUGAAUGGGUUGAUUACCAAAAUGUUUUAGUAAUAAACGAAGUAAAUAUAUCGCAUAAAGAAUUUUUAGAGAAGGAAUUACAAAAAAAGCUUGAAAAACAAAAUUCAUCCAAAAGAAAGAAAAAAGGUGUAAUAAUGAAGCUCGCUAAUAACACAAUACUGUCAGGAAAAAAGAGAGGAAGAAAAAGAAAAUUAUCUAAUAUUACACCAUGUACAUCUGCAACAAAAAAACGAAAAACUGAUUCUCAAUCCAACUCUGGAUCACUCUACGGUGGAAAAAAAGAAAUAACUGAUGAUCAAAGACUACGUUUUAAAAAAAAUUUGAAACCAAACGCUUAUGGAGUGAGAAUCAUAUCUCCUGAAAGAGAAGUCAUGGGAUUCGAACCCAUUUAUGAAUUAAACUUCAAUAAGAAAACAAGCACAAUUGAUGAUCAAACUCCAAUUUCAUUACCUGAUUGUGAAUCAAAUAUUACUAGAAAAAGAAGCACAUCUGAUAAUAAUUCUUUCAAUCGGGAUUCACAUUCUUCCGAUCAGGAUUCACGUUCUGUUAAUUGGGAUUUACAAUCUGUCGAUCGGGAUUCACAUUCUUCCGAUCAGGAUUCACGUUCUGUCUAUCAGGAUCCACAUUUUGUCGAUCAGGAUUCACAUAGUACUAAUGCAUAA